AUGGUGAGACGCCUUCACAGUGCCCGCUACCAGGCUCUGCUCAUCCCCGACUGCCCGGGAGCGGCCAAUGACCUGGCACACAGCGGUUCUUUGCACCGCAUUCUGUCACAUUUCAUCUCCCAGCAAAAGCCUGUGUGUGCAGUGGGACAGGGAGUGUCUGCACUCUGUUGUGCCACAGAGGGUCACAGGUGGAUCUUCAAUGGCUACAGUUUGACUGGGCCGUCAGUGUUUGAACUGGUGCGGAGGCCUGACUUUGCAAACCUGCCUUUAAUUGUGGAAGACUUUGUGAAGGACAGCGGCGGCUCGUACACAGCGAGCCAAGACGACGCCGUGCACGUUGUCACUGACAGACACCUAAUCACUGGACAGAACAUGCAGUCCACCUGGCUCGCUGUCAACAAUUUAAUUCUGCUCUCCAGUGCUAAGUAA